UCUUGGUGAGACCACACCUGGAGUAUUGCGUACAGUUUUGGUCGCGAAAUCUGAGGAAGGACAUUAUUGCCAUAGAGGGAGUGCAGAGAAGGUUCACCAGACUGGUUCCUGGGAUGUCAGGACUGUCUUGUGAAGAAAGACUGGAUAGACUUGGUUUAUACUCUCUAGAAUUUAGGAGAUUGAGAGGGGAUCUUAUAGAAACUUACAAGAUUUUUAAGGGGUUGGACAGGCUAGAUGCAGGAAGAUUGCUCCCGAUGUUGUGGAAGUCCAGGACAAGGGGUCACAGCUUAAGGAUAAGGGGGAAAUCCUUUAAAACCAAGAUGAGAAGAACUUUUUUCACACAGAGAGUGGUGAAUCUCUGGAACUCUCUGCCACAGAGGGUAGUCGAGGCCAGUUCAUUGGCUAUAUUUAAGAGGGAGUUAGAUGUGGCUCUUGUGGCUAAGGGGAUCAGGGGGUAUGGAGAGAAGGCAGGUACGGGAUACUGAGUUGGAUGAUCAGCCAUGAUCAUAUUGAAUGGCGGUGCAGGCUCGAAGGGCCGAAUGACCUACUUCUGCACCUAAUUUCUAUGUUUCUAUGAGGAAACACUUUUUCACAAACACUUUGUGAGUGUGGAAUUCUCUGCCACAGAAGGUGGUGGAGGCCGGUUCUCUGGAUACUUUCAUGAGAGAGCUAGAUAGGGCUCUUAAAGAUAGCGGAGACAGGGGAUAUGGGGAGAAGGCAGGAACGGGGUACUGAUUGGGGAUGAUCAGCCAUGAUCACAUUGAAUGGCGGUGCUGGCUCGAAGGGCCGAAUGGCCUACUCCUGCACCUAUUGUCUAUUCUACAAAGCUUAUAAAGUAAUGUAACACGCGAACAGGCACUUCGGCCCCACUCGGCCAAUGCUGACCAAGAUGCGUCCCUGAGUUCUUCCUAUUACCUGUACCUGUUCAUAUGGGUGUUACACGUUGUCAUUGGUGGUACGUGUGGUAAGUUUGAGCGAGUGCUUCGCCAACGUCUGCUCCAUCCUGGGCACGCGCACCUGUCGUGCUCCCGCGGCACCUGAGCCUCGCGCUGGGCGGUGCGAUCGGCUGUUGGACGGGGCGCAUGCGCGGGUCAGUCGCCAAGGGGAUCGGGCUGCCGCUGUGGUCGGGCGACGCCGUCAGUGAGUGAGUCGGAGAGAGAGAGAGAGAGAGAGAGAGAUAGAGAGAGAGAGAGGGGCUGUGACAGAGCUACUGUCCUCCGGAAAACAUCGGCCCUCCGGCAGCUCCGGCUCCGGCCCGGCUCAUGGAACGCUUCGCCUCUGACGUGGCCGUGGCAGCGGCGUGAGGGGCAGAUCCGAAAGAGGAAUGGCCUCCGCCGAGCGGCUGUACGAGCUCUGGAUGCUUUACUGCACCAAGAAAGACCCGGACUAUCUUAAACUCUGGCUGGAGAGCUUUGUUGGAACGUAUGAAAAGUUUCUUGAUGCAGAUUUUGAGAGACCUCCCACAAGAUUGGACGAAGUCCCACCAGGGUUAUCUUUGCUACCUGAUAAUAUUCUGCAGGUCCUGAGACAUCAGCAAUUGCAGUGUAUGCAGAAACUAUCAGAUGGGCUGGAAGAUGAACAGCAAGCAUUGGCGCUCAUUUUGGUCAAAUUCCUCAUCAUUAUGUGUCGGAAUCUGGCUAAUGUUGAGGAGAUUGGUUCCUGCUCCUACAUUAAUCAUGUAAUCACCAUGACUACUGUCUACAUCCAGCAACUAAAAAGCAAGACCAAAGAGAAAGAAAUGGCAGACGAAACACCAGCUGAAGAUUUUGUAAGACACGCACUUAUCUUCUGUGAGAGUCUAUACGACCCGUAUCGAAACUGGAGACAGAGAGCAGCUGGUUACGUGGUCAGUGCGGUGGAGAAGAGCAGACAGAAAUAUAAAGCAGCUUGUCUUACCGUGGAGUUCAUCCCUUUCUUUUAUCAAUGUUUUCAAGAGAGUGAGCAUCUGAAGGAGAAUCUGAAAUGUUGUCUUCUUCAUCUUUUUGGUGCCAUUGUUGCAGGUGGACAGCGCAAUGCACUCCAGGCAAUCUCACCAGCUACAAUGGAAGUAUUGAUGAGGGUGCUGGCAGAUUGUGAUUUGGUGGAUGAUAAGGACCCAGAGGAUGUAAGCCAUAAAUUGGAGCUGACCCUGAAGUGCCUGACUGAGGUGAUUCACAUACUGCUUACCAGCAGCUCUGAUCAAAGGCAGGUGGAGAUCGGCACAAUCCUUGAGAAUUACUUCAAGCUGCUCAAUUCUGAUCAUGUUGCAUUGCUGGUCAAUUGCAAAUCUCGGAACUGGGAGAGCAGUUUCAUUGCACUACAAAUACAAAUGCUGAGCACUAUUCCAGAGAUGUUAAAUUGCUCUGACAGACCUGUCCUUCAGGCAAUCUUCCUGAAUAGCAACUGCUUUGAACAUCUCACUCGAUUGUUACAGAACAGCAAGCUGUUUGUAAGUUCUAAACCAGCAGACAAGAGUGAGAAAGAUCUUGCCAACAAAUUACUGACAGAAAUGAAUGUGAACCAGGUCUUUCAGGGAAGACUGGAUAUCCUUGCUGUAUCAACAAUCCAAGCUUUAACUGCAGUGAUGCACAAAUCUCCAGCUGCUAAGGAAGUAUUCAAAGAGCGUAUUGGUUACAUCCAAUUCUAUGAGGUUUUGAAGUCCUUGGGCCAGCCAUCACGGGACCUGCUGAAGGAGCUAAUGAACAUGGCUGUUGAAGGUGAUCAUACCUCUGUUGGAAUGCUUGGGAUCAGCAAUGUCCAACCACUUUUACUACUUAUCCAGUGGCUCCCAGAGCUGGAUUCGUUUGAGCUACAAAUCUUUGUUUCCGAUUGGUUGAAGAGGAUAUGCUGCAUCAAUCGUCAAAGUCGCACGUUCUGUGUAAAUGCCAGCAUAGUGAGCCACAUCCUUGUGACGUUGAACCUCCACACUAGACUGCACCACGCGUGUGCAGAGAAUCUGAUCGGACUGUUGGGUGCUUUAGGCAGCCAGUCAUUGAGCUCAGGAGAAAUCUUGCAGUUGUUGAGGAUGCUGAGAACAGAUGACACUAAACAAGCCCACCCUUGCGUAGUUCCGAUGACACGUGCAAUACUUGGCAUAGCCCGGAAACAGGGCUUGGAUAAUGCACUACAGUACUUUAACCUGUUCCACAGCAUGGCGGGAAUUAUGGUGCCCACUAUUCAGCGUUGGCCUGGUUAUGGUUUCAGCUUCUAUGCAUGGCUGUGUCUUGAUCAGGGGCAAGGAGCAAGUGGAAUGUUUGGAAAAGGAUGCAAGAGGAAACAGCUGUACAGUUUUUUCACAGCCAUUGGGACAGGGUUUGAAGCAUUUCUGACCUCCUCGGGAGGGCUGAUGGUAGCUGUCUGCACAAAGAAAGAGUACAUGACCGUGAUGCUGCCUGACCACUGCUUCUGUGAUUCCCUUUGGCACAGUAUAGCUGUGGUACAUUUCCCAGCAAAGCGUCCCUUUGGUCAGAGUCUGGUGUACAUCUACGUUAAUGGUCAGCAGAAACUCUCUGCACCCUUAAAAUUUCCUAUUCUGAAUGAGCCUUUUACAUCAUGUUGCAUUGGAUCGGCUGGACAGAGGACUACCACCCCUCCUCCAUCACAAAUCCCAGAUCCACCGUUCUCUUUGUCUAUUCCUUCUGGAAGGGCAUCACUAAGCUCAAUUCUUUCUCCUCCAAACUGGAGUGGACUGUUGGGCAAACCAGAAUCGGUGACGAAAUUCAUUUCAGCAGGAACUCAGGAUUGUGAAUGGGGUUCUCCAACUUCUCUGGAAGGUCAGCUUGGUUCCGUCCUAGUCUUCCACGAUGCAUUACAGCCCUCGCAAGUAAAGGCACUCCAUUCUGCAGGCCCAAACUGCACUUCUCCAUUGAAAACUCAGGAGCCGGACCUUACAGACCUCACAAAUAAACUGCUCCUCCAUUACACGCCAAAAGCCUGCAAAAGUCCUAUCUGUCUUGAUUUGUCACCUAAUCUCUUUCAUGGGAGACUGACUGGGCAUAAAGUUGUCAACUGGGAUAUUAAGGAUAUGAUCAAUUGCAUCGGUGGGCUCAAUGUUCUAUUCCCAUUGCUGGAGCAAAUGAGCAAUCUUGGCAGUCAGGGGUGUGUGAAAAAUGAUCACGUGGCAACUGAUUCAAUGACUCCUGAAGCACCGCCCCCUUCUGAAGGUGAUUGGGUGGUGGUUCCUUCAACAAGGGCUUCUGAGGCCAGGCUGGAGAAGAACCCCGUGGCUACUUUUAUCUUGACAAUAAAACAUUUCAUACGAAGACAUCCAAUCAAUCAGGAGAAUAUGCUUCAUUCCCAUGGAGUAGCCACUUUAGGCGCCUUAUUGCAAAAGAUGCCAAAUAGUUUUGUGGAUGUGAAUAUGCUGAUGGCUGUGCAGUUGCUAAUUGAACAAGCAAACGUAGAAAAAAAUGCACAGUUACUGCAUCAGAUGUAUCAGUAUCUGCUCUUUGACUUUCGAAUCUGGAGCCAUGGAGACUUCCCAUUUCGAAUAGGUCACAUUCAGUACUUAUCCACCAUCAUCAAAGACAAUCGAAAGCUUUUUAGGAAGAAAUAUGGGGUGCAGUUUUUGCUUGAUAUGAUCCGUAUGUGUUACAGCAGUUCAAAUCAAGACAGUGAUUUGUCUGUAGAUGAUAUGAAAACAAUUCGAGCUUCACUUUAUGGACUAAUUAAGUACUUCAUCAGCAAAGGGGUCACUCAGGAAGAGGUGCAGAGCAUCAUGGGAUACAUUGCUGCUGUCAAUGAUGAAGAACAGCUCACUGGGAUCUUGGAGGUCCUGCUGAAUCUUCUUCAGACAAGUUCUGCUCGGGAUCAGUUGUAUCUGCUGCUCUUUGAACCGGGGCACGCUGACAUUCUCUACACAUUACUGCUGAACAACAAGUAUUCUGACAAAUUACGGGAGCUUGUUUUUAAGAUAUUUGAGAGGAUGUUAAAGUGUGAUAAAGUCUACGAACGGAAUAAGCAGCGCAUCAGACUGAGAGAUGUUGGCUAUUCGGGACUUGUCAUGCUGCUGAAUGAUGUCAUUGUUACUGUUCCCCUGGUCAAGAAUCUCUUGCACCAAGUGCUAGAAGCAGAUUCUGUGGUGAAUUAUAAAGACUUGAUGGCUGUGGUUCAUCUAGUACAUAAAGCAAGAAUUAACGUGAGACUUGCUGUUUGCAGAAAGAUUUAUCGUCACUUGCAGUCCCAACAGGAUGCAGCCCAGCAGAUAGCAAAGCAGAUCAGUUGGCAAGAAACCUUUGUGAGGUUGUUUUUGAAGGAGAAUUCAGAGAGCAAAGAUAUUGUAGGCAUGGAAUGCAUGAACAACAACAGUUUGGACUUUGGUAAAGAAGCUGAUCCACAGCAUGAGAUGAGACAUGGAGUCGAGCCAUGGAAGAACACUAAUGAAGAACCACAUACUCGGGACUAUAAUUUGCCAGAUGGCGAUACAACAGACAAUGCCUCUUUCACUAAGUUCUUUGAUAACCAAAGUUUUGAUGGAAUGUUUGAAAGAUAUACUGACUCAAGUCACUUGUCUGAGAGACUUUUAGAUGGCAGGGCCUCACACGAGAGUACUGUCACAGAAAGCUUGGUGGAGAAUCAGGACGAGUCUGGAAACUGGCUCCAGAAGGGGCGAAGUCUAACAUUGGACUUGUCAAGUACAGCCUCCUACGAAAUGGGUGACUAUGAAAGCCAAACACCAGGGAGUGUUGCCAGUACCCCAUCACCACUGGAAAUGCCCAAACACUUCUCUGGUGCACAGUUUGAUAAGGAAUCUAACAACACUGAUGAGUCUAAUUACAUGGAUGAUGCUUCGGUCUAUGAAGUAUUUGGAAAUGUAGAGAGGUGUGGAGAAGAACUAAGUCGGAUUUUGACAGACAUUCUCCUUUGUAUCAUGUGGCGUGGCCUGGAAGGGUCGGAUGAUGCUGCCUGGAUCGAACGAGGACAAGUUUUCUCAGCAUUCACGAAGAUUGGAACUGCAAAUGAACUCCUUUGCCCCUCUGAUGAAAUUAAACUCAAACUUCUUGAGACAAUAUUGGAAUGGUCUGUGACUGACAACAGAGAGGCAACAGCAGCUGCCCUUCCAGUUCAUACUGAGAAUGCAGUGAGAUUACUGCAUAUCGUUCAGGACUUCCUCCAGGCUGAAGGGCUGGUCAAUCCUGCACUGUGGACCGACAAGGUUUUGGAGGAGAUGGUGACACUGAUGGAUAACUUGAUGAUGUGGUAUUCAUCUGGAUCAGAGUGGAUGCAAUUAUCCCAGCUUGGAGUACGGCUUCUUCUUGGUUUUAUUGGUCAAGAUAAUAUACAGGUGUGUGCCAUGGCUGCAGCAAAACUCAACACCAUACUGCAGACUAAAGAUAUAGUCAACCGAGAUGAAGCUUGUUUCCUCUUGGGGAAGUUGGCGCAAACCCUGACCAAGUCCAUAAGAGAGAAGACGGAAAUCUACUCCUUCCUGAUCCCAAUCAUACGAACUUUGGUCUCCAAAAUAUAUGAGCUACUUUACAUGAAUUUGCACUUGCCAGCAUUGCCGCAAAGCAAUGGAAGUCCUUCUUUCUUUGAGGACUUCCAGGAGUACUGUGGUUCCAGCGAAUGGCAUGUUUACAUUGACAAAUAUAUCAUUCCCUCGAUGAAGCAUUAUGAGGUUGAAACGUUCAGCAAAGGACAUGAACGCAUGGCUAUCUUCUGGAAGGAGUGUUAUGAAACUAUGAUGGUGAAAUUACAUAAGCGAGAUCGAGAGAAAGGAGACAGCAAGCUCAAAUUCCAAGAGUUUUUUGUUGAACCGUUCACCCGCAAAGCCAGGCAGGAGAACCUGCGUUACAACAGUAUGCUGAAGCAACUCAACAGCCAGCACACUGCAACACUGAGACAGUGGAAGGCAGCUCAGCAUUAUCUAACCUGUGAACGAGGACCAUGGGCUGAAAAAAAACCCGAGUCCAUGUGCUGGAAGUUGUCCAGUGUAGAAAACUAUUCCCGUAUGAGGCUGAAGCUGGUUCAGAACUACAACUAUGACCCCCACACCGAUGCAAGUGCACUACGUGACAAUCUUGGUGUCCAGCAGACGGUGCCUUCCAAUGAUUCGUUGCUGCUGGAAGCGGUGAAGCAGGCCAAGGUCAGUGACCUGGAAGAUGACCGAUUGGCUGAUGAAGAUUUGAGCAUGCUCACCAACAUCAAUGAGGAGGAGCAGAAUCAGAAAGAAAAGCUGGUGAUCACUGAAGACUGUGACCUGAUCACUAUCAUGGAUGUUGUUUCAGGACGCCUUGAAGUCACCACCCAGCACAUCAACUUUUUUGAUGGGAGUGUGGACAAAGAGGAAGGGAUAGGCUAUGACUUUAAGUGGCCCCUCUCUCAACUGCGUGAGAUUCACCUGCGUCGUUACAACCUGAGAAGAUCAGCACUAGAGAUCUUUCUGAUUGACCAAACUAACUACUUCCUAAACUUCAAAAAAGAGGUAAGGAACAAAGUCUACAGUCGUAUAUUAUCUCUCCGGCCACCUAAUUUGUAUGGCACCCGGUCACCCCAGGAACUGUUGAAGGCAUCAGGACUUACACAGAAAUGGGUGAGCCGGGAGAUUUCAAACUUUGACUACCUCAUACAACUCAACUCCAUUGCGGGGAGAACUUACAAUGAUCUUGCUCAGUAUCCAGUGUUUCCUUGGAUUCUUAGUGAUUACACCUCAGAGGAAUUGGACUUGAGCAACCCUGAAGUCUUCAGGGACCUUUCCAAACCCAUUGGAGUUGCCAAUGACAAGAAUGCCAAAGCUGUGCAGGAAAAGUUUGAUAACUUCGAGGAUCCUACAGGAACGAUUGACAAGUUUCACUACGGAACUCACUAUUCCAACGCAGCUGGUGUAAUGCAUUACAUGAUACGGGUUGAACCCUUUACAACUUUGCACAUACAGCUUCAAAGCGGCAGGUUCGAUUGCGCAGAUCGGCAGUUCCAUUCCAUUCCUGCUACUUGGCAGGCUCUCAUGGAUAAUCCCAAUGAUGUAAAAGAACUCAUUCCUGAAUUCUUCUACUUUCCAGAAUUCUUAGAAAAUCAGAACCGAUUUGAUCUUGGACGUUUACAAAUUUCUAAGGAGCGGGUUAACGAUGUGAUACUUCCACAAUGGGCCACAUCACCUGAAGACUUCAUCUACAAGCACAGGAAGGCCUUGGAGUCAGAGUAUGUAUCUGCUCAUCUUCACGAAUGGAUCGAUCUGAUAUUUGGAUAUAAGCAAAGAGGACCAGCUGCAGUAGAAGCACUAAAUAUUUUCUACUAUUGUACAUAUGAAGGAGCAGUUGACCUGGAUGCAAUAGCAGAUGAGAAAGAGCGAAAAGCACUGGAAGGGAUGAUCAGCAAUUUCGGACAGACUCCUUGUCAGCUGCUAAAGGAGCCACACCCAUGCAGGUUGUCUGCAGAUGAAGCUUUGAAGCCACAGGCCAAAAUGGAUAACAGCCCACUGAACGUAUUCCAGCAUCUGACUGAACUUAAAUCAUUCUUCGUGGAGGGAAUCAGUGACAAUAUUCCUAUAGUGAAAGCGGUAGUGCCCAAAAACCAGGCACGCUCCUUCAUGUCUCAGGGAAGUCCUGACACCUUGGUAACUCUGAGUCAGAAUUGUCUAAUUGGAACUCAUGGGUGGCUGCCUUACGAUAAAGUCAUUUCCAACUACUUCACAUUCUCCCGGGACCCUUCAUUAGCUAAUUUGAGAGCCCUGCGCUGUGUCAAUGGUCCCAUGACACCAGGGCUGGAAGUGAGCUCUAAACUGUUUGUGGUGUCGCACGACGGGAAACUGAUUUUCAGUGCAGGGCACUGGGAUAAUAGCAUUCGUGUAACCUCUAUUGCAAAGGGCAAACUUGUUGGACAACACAUCAGACACAUGGAUAUAGUGACCUGCCUGGCAACUGAUUACUGUGGGAUCCAUUUGAUAUCUGGGUCUCGUGACACAACUUGCAUGAUCUGGCAAAUCUUGCAACAGGGAGGAAUUCCUGUUGGCUUGGCUUUGAAACCCAUGCAGAUCCUAUACGGGCACACCGAGGAAAUAACCAGCUUAGCCAUCAGUACGGAGUUGGACAUGGCUGUGUCAGGUUCAAAGGAUGGAACGGUCAUCAUUCAUACAAUUCGACAGGGACAGUAUAUGAGGACUCUUCGACCACCCUGUGAGAGCUCCCUCCCACUCACCAUUCCCAAUCUGUCUAUUUCAUGGGAGGGGCACAUCAUUGUCAACAUCGUGAUCGAAGGGAAGUCAAAUUUGAAGGACAAAAAUGCUCUACAUCUGUACUCAGUGAAUGGCAAGCAUUUGAUAAGCGAAACUAUAAAGGAACAAUUAUCUGACAUGUGCGUCAGUGGAGAACAUAUUGUGCUGGGCAGUGUGGAAGGCUUUCUGUGUAUAAGGGAUCUGUACAGCUUGAAGCUCAGCAACGCCCCAUUGUCAAUGAGGUUGCCAAUUUAUUGUGUGUCCAUCACCAAGGAGAACAGCCACAUCCUUGUGGGCCUGGCAGAUGGUAAACUCAUCAUCGUGGGUGUGGGCAAACCGGCUGAGGUAAAGAAUAAGAUGCGAUCAGGGCAGAUUUCCCGAAAGUUCUGGGGUUCAAGCAAACGUCUGAAUCAGAUAUCAUCCGGAGAAACGGAGUACAACCCUCAAAGUGAACACAAAUGACAGGACGAAAGGGUGGAAAAUAAACAUUGCUUGGCUUCCUGUUCGCUGUAACUGAUCAUUCCAUUUUUCCUUAUUCCAUCUGAUCGUCACCUGAAUAAGACUAUGCAGCAAAUUAGUAUGGACCCAAUCAUGUGCUAAAAAGUGCAUUCCUCUGUGCCCUACCCUGGACAAGAAUGCAAUUUAUUUGCAUCCAAGUAAGAUUGCUUUUGGUUGUGCGUGAAGAGGGCUACUUUUUUGCUUUUUAAAAAAUGGAUCAAAAUACCAAUGGGCAUUUUUUUAAAUGUUUAAUAUCUAAGGGCCAGUUGAGAAGAAAAAAGAUCCUGUGAGUGAGUCUCGUGAAUAUUAAGGCAGAUGAAGGUAGUUGGUUGCUAGGUUAAACAGCAAUAAAUGGAAAGAUUUUUUCAUUGGUCUCGCUCUCAAAAAGAGUUGCCCCAGUUAUCAUACAUCUCUGAAGAAUGUAUUUGUAACCCAGAGUCGGUCUCCUGUUGUGACUGCCUGGUGCGAACUUGAAAUGUUGGUGAGAUAAAUGUUCCUCUUUGCGCUCAGUGCAAUGGCCUUUAAACCCAAGAUUAUGGAAAUACUAAUCCUGUCUGUACACUUUUGGGAUGCGGCAGACAAACUGUCAUCAGAAUGAUUUUCUCUUUCCAACCCACAUCAACCCUGCCUAAUGUAAAGAAACCUUUUUCUAAAUUAUUGGGUGUUCAUGUUAAUCAAGCACAAUAUUUAAUGUUAUGCCUUUCUUCACAUUUUUUUGGGGAGAUUAACUUCUACUGUACUAUCGGACAAAUGUAAAUGCAUUAGCCUCUAUUUCCCUGCGUACUGUUUUCUCUGCACUUUAUAUUGUAAACAUAAUUUAUGGAAUCAAUUUUUAUUUGAUUUUUUUUCAAUUUGCUAUUCCUUUUAAAAUGCAGACCAAUUUUGUAGCUGCUCACAUAAGGGGACAAUGCAAGAUUUAAAUAUUGUCCUUCUCCUCCCUUAUCCUCGCCCCUAGCUACGACCAUUGUCACCUGGCUCAGCUUCUGUUAUAGAUAAAAAGAAUAUGGAGGAGAGAGAAAUGUGGGGAGGUGGAUGUCAAUGGGAAAAUUAUAUAUUGGAACUGCAUUAUGCUGAUACCCCUCUUUUGGACCUCAAUACCACCUACAUCAUAAGGCUCCAGUUGAAUGGAAGAUGGCUUUCCCAAUUUCCUCCAGCCUUUGGAGCUUUACAGGUAAAAUUGUAACCUGUUUUAAUGGUAAGAAAUAAGUUUCACUCAUUCAAAUGAUUGGUCAGUUCCACAGAUGCCUUUUGCUGUCAAUACUGACUAUAUGUUGUAGAUAUUGUAAAAAAAAAUGCACUUGGUUAAAGAUGCCACACCAUUUUAACCAGAGAAAGGAUAUAUAUUGGAAACACUGAGAUGGUGAGAAAGCAGGAAGGGUUUAGAGGGAUAUAGAAAAAAACUGAUACCAAUUCAAAGUAUGCCACAGAUAGAGGUUGUCAGAAUGGAUCUGGGAAUUGCAAAUAGUUUUCUGUAAUAGUGGGAACAAAUACUGCCACCUACUUCCUCACGUCAAAUGUGAUACAAAGUAGGCAUGAAGGUUUUAAAUUUGAACAGCAGCCUUGGAAACAGCUUAAAGGGGAAUAAUGUUAUGGGAUUCCAAGGAGAAAGUAGGAAUAUGAAAACAUUUGUGACAUUAAGAAUGAUAUAUUUUUUUCAAAUAGUACUUUACAGAGGAUUAAUGAUUUGUAAAUAGUUGAUUUCUGUUCACAAUCAAGUAUUUAACACAGCUCUGGUACCAGGAGCUAGAUUCUUCCUGCGUAAAUUGAUCACUAUUUUGAAUUGGAGGGACAGAUAUCACCUUUUUUUAUCCAAAGAGCCAAUUAAGGACUAAUUCAAUCCAUAUUCUGCUAAUUAUUGAAUUAUUAUUUGAUAUUAGCAACAUAAAUAUUUUCGAACUGAGCACCGGUCAUAAUUUAGAGUCAUGCAGCAUGGAAACAGGCCCUUUGGCCACACUUGCCCCUGCCCACCAAAAUGUCCCAUUUACACUAGUCCCACCUGCCUACAUUUGGCCUAUAUCCCUCUAAACCUUUCCUUUCCAUGUACUUGAAACAAAUGCUUUUCAAAUUUUGUUAUAGUACCUGCCUCAACUGGCACCUCUGGCAGCUCAUUCCAUAUACCCAUCACUCUGCGUGAAAAUGUUCCCCCUCAGUUUCCUAUUAAUCCUUCCCCUCUUGCCGUACAUCUAUGUCCCCUGUUUCAUAUAUGUGCAUAGUAUGACAUUGAGAGUUGUAAAGUAGUCAACUGUCAUUGAGUUGGAGUUUUAUUUUCUUGCAAAUUAUAAUAAACUUGGGGACGUGUGUGUUUGUUUUGUAAAUGUGGCAUUCUGGUCAAAUAUCCUGUUAAUUUUAUUUUGAGAAUUAAUUUGUUUUAAGGCAAUAACUUGAGGAUAUAAAGGCUCACACAAUCUAGCUAUACUUCUGUUGACCUGAUCCACUGUUCCAUAUCAGAUGAAUGGAGAUGGACUAGAUCUGCAAAUUGUCUAUAGCAGCAUUAAAUCAUGUUUGUGCCAAGCUUGCAGCAAACCCAGCCUGUAAUUUCAUGGAACUCAACAAGGUUUUCAAAUAGAAAGUGUGAAGAUAAAAUCAAUGUCAGGAUAAGGAAUUCAGUUUAGGAUUCUUUAUCAUUGUAACGUAUAAUUAAUUGACAUAAGCAUAUAACUGUAUUUUAAGGAGCUAUUGAAAGUAAUAUAAAUGAGAAAGACUGAGAUUUUAAUAGAUUUUUUCCAAUAAUUGCUUUGGCGUUUUACUGUAGAAAUGCUAGUUUUUUCAUGAUUUAUUUUGGGGAGUGUUUCUGCCAAAAGGGGUGUUUAAAGAAUAUCUCAAUUUUUAAUCUGACUUGUGUAAGUGUAUUGUGUAUGAUAUCAACAUUAUUCCAUGCUUUUUAAAGGAAAAAUUCCAUCUGCUAGUUGUUUCCGGUCACCUUUUGUGGAGUGCCCAGGAGUGACAAAUUCUAAUUUUUGUUUUAAAUGAUUUUGUAAUUUAACAACAUUUCUGUGUUUGUAUAUUUGCUGAUUUGUUUGUACAUGUAUAGGGUGGUUGAAAAUUUUCCUUUUUGCACUUUGAAGGUACUGCAGAUUGUAAAAUUUGAUGCUCUGAUGUACACAUUAUCUGUAUAUAACAAAUUUAUCACUAGCUUUGUAUACAAAGCCAAUAGGCAAUAAAGGCGGGAUAAUUAGGGUGUGGUGUUUGUGUUUUACGUAAAUAUUAACACCAAGGACUGUAGCAGCAUUUUUGCACCAACAUAAUAAAGGUUUUGAAAGUA